CCUGACUGAAUAUAUCAUUUAUUAAAAAUGUCUAAUUUCUUAACAAGUUCCCAAAAGAACAACUGGAUCUUUGGUUCUCAGGAUGAGAUUAAUGAAAUAAAAAAGAAGAGAUCUAAGAGAGCAUUCCUGACAAUCAAAAAGACUACAGACAAAUGGAAUCAGUUGCAGAAUGAAUUGAAAAUGCAAGGAAAUCCUCAUAGUUUUGUGAGAUUCGAGAGUGGGAAGGUUGAUAAGACUCCCAUUCUUACCGCAGAAGAAGAGCUGAAGUACCUUAAUUGCCUUAUACAGACAGUUAUCAUCAUUUGUGAUCACCUUAAACUCAGAAACGAUGAUGUGAUAAACACUGCAAUAGAAUAUUUAAAGAGAUUUUACCUCAAACAGACUUUCUAUGAUUUUGACGGAUUGGAUAUGAUGUAUACUGCUAUUUUCCUCGCCAUCAAAGUUGAAGAAGUCAAUUACACUCUCAUAGAUUUCGCUCGCACAAACAAGCAGUGCAAGAUUGAGAAAGUAGUCCAAAAUGAAGCUUUCCUGAUAAAAGGUCUCAAAUUUCAGUUCUUCAUCUACUCUCCAUACAGAGCCUAUGGUGCGCUCUGAGAUCUAUUCAGCAAGAAUGCUGAUAGAUUAGUCCCAAGAAAUGGCGAUAUCAUAUCAAAAGAUUUUGAGUAUCUAGGCAAGAAGAUAAUAAGGAUCACUCAUUUAAAUGAUUUGAGUUUCCUUUAUUCUUCCUCAAUCAUUGCAUUUGCCAUCUUCAAGUAUCUAUACCGGAACUUACUAGAUCAAGAUGUGAUGUAUAAUGAAGCAUUAGUAAAUAUUUUCAAGAAUGAAAAUAUUUUCCAGAAAUCGUUCUGGGAAAGAGAAGAAGCGGAGAGUAUAGAAGAGAUAUAUGUCAACAAAGUAUAUUUAUACUUCGUCGACUUGUUUGGCGAUUAUUCCACAACAAAAACCCUUCAAGAAAGAAUCGAAGGGAUAAAGACACCUGAUAUUUCCUCUAUCAAAAUUUACAAAAAGUAUAUCAAAGUUGUACAUACCAGAUUGCCUAAUUACCUUAAAGAUAAGGAAAAAGCAAGGAAGAUUAAGGAAGUAAUCCCAGCUGACUUUAUGAGUGAUGAUGAAAUCAAGGAGCAAGAAGAAGUGGAUGGCUUCAAGCCUCCAAAGCCUAUGAAACCAGGUAAGAGAACUCUCUCAGGUGGUAAGCCUAAAGAGUCCUCAGCUCCUGCACCAACCCAGCCACCAGUACCUCAGCAUGAGCCUGCUGAUGCAAAAAUGGUCCCUGAUGAAGGAGGGCAAGGCAGUGAAGUAAUCGAAGAUGAUAUGGAGAUCAGUAUUACUCUUGAAAGUAAAUAAUUAAUAAACUCUUCCAGUA